AUGGCGGUAUCGUAUAUUCCUGCCGGUCGGGUGACAGUGAACGAAUUUCAUAGAAAACCAGAUGAUGAUCAACUUUCUGUGUUUCAAGAACCGUCUUCAGUGACAUCUGUGGCGUUCUGCCCAAAAAAGCCUUAUAAUGUCGCUUCUACGAGUUCAGUACGACUUUCUUUAUACGAUACUGUCGUUUGUGAACCAAUUAACCAAUUUAGCAGGUUUAAACGAGCUGUUUAUGGCGUUAAAUUUCGUCGUGAUGGAGAACUGAUAGCGAUCGGUGGAGAGGAAGGGAAACUACGAUUAUUUGACGUGACUAGAACUAGUGGAGUGGGUAAGACCCCACUACGAAGCAUUCGUGCGAGCCAAACAAGUUUGCGGUGUGUCGAAUUUACUGUUUGCGGAAAAAUGGUCUACUCUAUGGCCAGUGAUGGAUUAGUGAAACAGUGGGAUAUAGCUGAAACAGGAUCGAAGCCUGUGAUUGAAUUCGCUGCACAUAAUGACGCAAUAAGAGCCAGUGCAAUAUCUGCUUCGAAUGAUAAUUUGCUUUUGACGGGUGGUUACGAUCAUAAGGUGAAAUUGUGGGAUUCCCGAUGUUCAAAUGACGGUGCUGUUGUUGCAAUGGAUGCAGGGUUCCCCGUUGAAAGCGUUUUGUUCCUUAACAGCGAAAAUCUUAUAGCCACUGCCGCUGGUGCUGUUGUAAAGAUCUGGGACAUAACUGUCGGUGGGCGGAUGCUGAUGUCACUUCAGCAUCAUCAUAAGACUGUAACUUCUAUUUGUUUGGGGACCAAAGGUGAUGUACUUUUAACUGGAGGAAUCGAUCGAAGAAUUAACGUAUUCCGAUUGAUGAAUUUCUCACUGUUGCAUUCAAUGUCAGUGGCAUCACCUGUAUUAGGAUUGGCAAUGUCUCCAGACGAUAAAACAAUGGUGGUCGGUAUGGGUCAACUUCUUGCUGUUCACCGACGUGAACCCGAAGCAAAGGCAAUUGUAUCAGCGCAAAUAGAAAAACGGUCAAUGAUUCGAACGGCGCCUCCGAAAGUGCGUAUGCAGGAAGUUGGAAAACCGAAAGAAUGCGUAGAAAUCAGCGCAAAGUCGAGCGAUCAGCAUCGACUGUCAAAAAUUGAUUCCUUGCUCAAAGGCUACCAACAUGCUGCAGCAAUUCGGAAAAUGUUCCAGUGUGAGUAUUGUAGGCAGCAUUCGAAGUGUUUAGGAGCACUACUUCCUGCGUUUCUAUAA